AGAGAGAGAGCCUUUUUUUCUUCUUCUCUCUCUUAAUGUUUAUAAAUUUGAGAACCAAACUGUUGCCUUUUUGCUUUUACGAGGAACGCCCCCAAAUUCCUCAGCAUUCUCUCUUCUCUUCCAGCCAACCAAAAGAAGCAAACAAGAGCACACUUCAGGGUUGGCUUGUCUGAGUUGUCUCUGACUUGCCCUCUUUACCUGAACGAAAACGAAAGCUCCAUAAAAGCAGAGAGAAGAUUAAGGCACUGUUUUUCAAGUUUUUUCAACCUUCCUCAGUUACCAUCUCUUGUCCGAUUCUUGUAAGUGCCCCUCACUCUUAUUUAUCUAGUAAAACCAAAACCAAAACCCAAUUUUUACUUUUUUUUAUAAAAAAAUUUGUUUUUGUUUCGUUGUAAUUAUUGUAGUUUGCCUGUUUUAAUUACUGAUUUGUGACUGAAACCCAUUUCUAAUCAAGCAAUGCCACUUGAUAGUACGUCCCAGAAAUCAUACACUGCUCAUGAUUCUAUCUCUGUUUCAUUGUCCCACUAUUUUUGUGAAGCUCUGUUUUUUCUUCUUUUGGUCCCCAUUUGUUUUUACUCUAUUUACACCAUUGAUUUCUCUUUGAUCACCAAAAUCUUGUGACUCCAUGACCUAUAUUCAAAACCCAAAUCCCAAAUUUCUCAGGUGGGUAAAGAUUCUGGGUUUCAAUUUUGGUUCUUGAAGACCAAAUCUCACUUGUACAUCCAAAAACAAAGCUCUGAACUUGGUCCUCUGCCUGAAAGAAACUCAAAAAAAUUUUCAGACGGUGAUCGGACGGCGGAGCAAUGCGGACCAACGGUGGCAAGAUUUCUAAGCCCUCGUGGCCGAAAGUAGUGGCGAGGAAAUGGCUCAACAUACCGAGUGGCGGGGACGAGUUUCAUUCCGAUUACUCGCUCAAAAUGUCAGACGAGACUGGCAGAAGGAGGAGCUGUUCGGACCAAGACCGCUACGUCGUCGUACCGGACGACUUUUCAGAUGGUUGUACAUUGAUGGAGGAAAGAACAAGUUUAGGGGUGGAGGCACCAGCUGUCACUGAUAAUCUCAACCACAGAAUGUUCGUGGGGACUUGGAAUGUUGGAGGAAAAUCACCUCACGAGGACUUGAACUUGAGAGAAUGGCUGAGGUCCCCUACUCCGGCAGAUAUCUAUGUUCUCGGGUUCCAGGAAAUUGUCCCUCUGAACGCCGGAAACGUAUUGGGCGCGGAGGACAAGAGUCCAGCUGCCAAGUGGCUUUCCCUGAUUCGUGAGGCAUUGAACAAGAAUGACCCUGGACUUUCUCAAUAUUACAACAAUGCCACCCAUACAGAACAUCCUUCACAUUUUGACCAGCAGGCCAUCAUGAAGCCUAGGAUCAGCUUCUCCGACUUGCUCUCUUUAGAAGAUGAACUGAACAAUGCGGAUUUCGAAAGACUGCUGAAUUCCACUUCAAGUGGAGAAAACUCACCGAGCUCGCCAUUGAUGUGUUCAUGGCCAGGCAGCAGUCCAAUGCAACAACGUCGUUACUGCCUAGCAGCAAGCAAGCAGAUGGUUGGAAUUUUCUUGUGCGUGUGGGUUCGUGCAGACCUUUGUAGGCACAUUAGCAACAUGAAGGUCUCAUGCGUUGGUAGAGGCAUAAUGGGAUAUCUUGGAAAUAAGGGUUCAAUAUCAAUCAGCAUGACAUUGCAUGGAACAACCUUUUGCUUUGUGUGUGCCCACUUAACCUCUGGUGAGAAAGAAGGGGAUGAGAUGAGAAGGAACUCAGAUGUCAUGGAAAUAUUGAAGAAAACAAGGUUUUCACAUUCAUAUAGAACCUCACAACAACCACUUCCUCCUGAUAGAAUUUUGGACCAUGACAAGGUUAUUUGGCUAGGGGAUUUAAACUAUCGGCUAGCAGCUGCUUGCUCCGAUAACACACAUGAGCUACUAAAGAAGCAUGAUUGGCAGGCACUUCUAGAGAGGGAUCAGCUAAGGAUAGAGCAACAAGCUGGUCGAGUAUUUAAAGGGUGGGAGGAAGGGAGGAUAUGUUUUGCUCCAACCUAUAAAUACCUUGCUAAUUCUGAUCAUUAUGUUGUCCAAACUUCUAAAUCUAGAGAGAAGAGACGCACUCCUGCCUGGUGUGAUAGGAUUUUAUGGAAGGGGGAAGGGCUUAAACAAAUGUGUUAUGUGAGAGGGGAAUCAAAGUUCUCAGACCACAGACCAGUUUAUUCAUUGUUUUCAGUCCAAUUAGACUUGGCUAACAAGAAAAAGCCCAACUCUGCUGUGACCACAACAGCAGCUUCCACAGCCAAAGCCAAGUCUUGCAUGCUUAAGUCUUCAGCAACAUGCGUGGCCAAAGUCCAAGCUGAAGAGCUUCUGCUGCUCACCAGAGCCAAAAGCUGCCUAGACAACGCCUCAAGGUUCUGAGCUUGUACUGCCAAACGCAGCCCACAUUUUUUAAGACAAAAAGCAGAACCAGCCAGUGUAAAAAUCACAGCUUACCUGACAAAAGCGGAAGUUGUUUGCAUCCCUAUGAUCUGGCUUUUUUUGACAGUUUGGGACUGCAAAAUUCAAGCUCAAAGCGUGCUUAGAUUUUGAUGAUGAAAUUGAGUUGGUGAGCUGGUGGAGCAGAGGAGUGAAGCACAAGCAUAAGUAUAGGAUUGGGAAAAAUUAGGCAUGUAGAAAGAAUUGGCUGCAUCUCUGUGUAUUAGAUGCUUUUUUGAAGCCAGCUUUUGGUACAAGUUGAUGAUUUUGGGUACUGGUUAACAACAGUAAGUGGUGGUUCAGCUUUUAAGCAGAGAAAUUUCUCUUUCUUUGAAAUUUAAGAGGGAAGUGGAGACAGAGAUUGAUAGAGAGUUGAAAUGUAUAUCAAAAGGAGGACAAGUUUGAUUGAAAGUUUCUGUAAGGGAACUGGGAUGUGGGGCUCUAGUGUCCUUUCUGCCCAUUUUGUUUGCGUUAACAGUAUAUUAAUGAAAUUCUUUUAUAUUUCCAA